AUGAUAGUAACACUACAGGAUUUCUACCUAAAUAUCUAUCUAUCUAUCUAUCUAUCUAUCUAUCUAUCUGUAGUUUGCAUAACUUUAUUAUUUUCUUCUUUUCACUCCUCUUACUUUCACUCUUAUUACUCACUAUUAUUUUCUUCUUUUCACUCCUCUUACUUUCACUCUUAUUACUCACUAUUAUUUUUGUUCUUUUCAUUCCUCUUACUUUCACUCUUAUUACUCACUAUUAUUUUCUUCUUUUCACUCCUCUUACUUUCACUCUUAUUACUCACUAUUAUUUUCUUCUUUUUCAUUCCUCUUACUUUCACUCUUAUUACUCACUAUUAUUUUUUCUUUUCCUCCUCUUACUUUUUCACUCUUAUUACUCACUAUUAUUUUUCUUUUUUUCUCCUCUUACUUUCACUCUUAUUACUCACUAUUAUUUUUGUUCUUUUCAUUCCUCUUACUUUUCCUCUUAUUACUCACUAUUAUUUUCUUCUUUUCACUCUUCUUACUUUCACUCUUUACUCACUAUUAUUUUUUGUUCUUUUCAUUCCUCUUACUUUCACUCUUAUUACUCACUAUUAUUUUCUUCUUUUCCUCCUCUUACUUUUCCUCUUAUUACUCACUAUUAUUUUUGUUCUUUUCAUUCCUCUUACUUUCCUCUUAUUACUCACUAUUAUUUUCUUCUUUUGUUCCUCUUACUUUCCCUCUUACUCACUAUUAUUUUUGUUCUUUUCAUUCCUCUUACUUUCACUCUUAUUACUCACUAUUAUUUUCUUCUUUUCACUCCUCUUACUUUCCCUCUUAUUACUCACUAUUAUUUUUGUUCUUUUCAUCCCUCUUACUUUCACUCUUAUUACUCACUAUUAUUUUCUUCUUUUCACUCCUCUUACUUUCCCUCUUAUUACUCACUAUUAUUUUUGUUCUUUUCAUUCCUCUUACUUUCACUCUUAUUACUCACUAUUUUCUUCUUUUCACUCCUCUUACUUUCACUCUGAUUACUCACAAUUAUAUCCAUCUUUUCACUCUUCUUACUAUCACUCUUAUUACUCACAAUUAUUUUUGUUCUUUUCACUCCUAUUACUUUUACUCCUAUUACUCCCUAUUACUUUCCUCUUUUCACUCCUGUUACUUUCUUUUUUCACUCCUUUUUUGCUUUCCUUUUUCUUUUUCUCUUACUUUUUACUUAUUCCUACCUUUUACUUUUUAUUUGUUCCCUUUACUGCAAACGACAAACACUCAUUUCUUUUUGAGUUCUUCAUUUUGCCUCUCUAUUUUCUUUUUAAUAUCUCUCAAAAAUAUCUUGCUUUUUCCUUUCUUAUGCUCAGAAGCCUUUUUUUCUUUGGAAUUUUUUUUCACUCUCUAUUCCAUUCACAUUUUCCCCUGUUACUCUUUCUUGUCAUAUCUUUUUUCUUUUUAUCUUCUAUUCUUUCUGACACUAUUUCUUUCUCUUUUCACUCUUUUCUAUCUCUAAUUUCAUCUUUCUAUCUCUCUCUCUCUUUUUCUAUCAUCUACACUGUCUACUGA